CAACGUACUCAGUGCAACAUCAAGACGAAAUAUGAAGACAGUAAUUCUAUUUGGUUUCCUGCUGGUGCUUCUUGGAUAUUUAGGAGAAGGACAUGCACAGAGUGAUCCUGAGUUUACGGCCAAGGCUCGUCAAAUGCUCGCAAUCUUCGGCAACUCAGAGGUCGAUAGAUACACCAAGUCCCGAAAUUUGCCCGCAUUGAUUGAGUUCUACGAGAAGUACUCCAGUCGUCUGCCAUUGACUGUCCAGGAUCGAACCUAUGCUAACAAUGUGGUCAGGAGGUACCGGGCACAAAACAACCAGCAGGUCGAUGGUGUUCCUGCUCAGGGCGGAAUUGGUCUGGUGUUCGCGCUACUUCUUCCUUUCGCUAUGUCAAUUGUGGAAGGAAUCGCCAAGGCGAUCAGAGAAUAGCCAUACCAUCUGGUAGCAGACUUUGGAUUUUAAAACAAUUCUUAAAACAACUAUAA